AGCAGAUGAAAGAAUGUGAGCUUAAAUUCAAAGAAAAAUGGGUUCUUGCUCGCCAAGUUUCCUCUCUCUCUUUCUACUUCUCAUCCUCCUCUCGCCUAUCUCCUCCGUCGUCGCUUUGCUCCGUGCGCCGCCGAGGCUGCCGUCGGUUUCCGCGGAGAGGCUAAUCCGAGACCUCAACUUGUUUCCUAAACAAUCCAUUAAUAUUGUCGACGACGACGUUCGUUUCCUCGACACUCCGAAAAUCGUUGAGAGGCGAUUUAAGUUCCCGAAUCUGGUUGAUCCUAGCGGAGUUUCAGCUGAGGACUUAGGUCACCAUGCCGGUUACUAUCAGAUUCAACAUUCUCAUGGCGCCAGGAUGUUCUACUUCUUCUUUGAAUCACGCAAUAGCUCCAAAGACCCUGUUGUCAUCUGGUUGACUGGUGGGCCAGGUUGUAGCAGUGAGAUGGCUCUGUUCUAUGAAAACGGACCUUUUACUAUUGCCAAUAACUUAUCUCUUGUGCCGAAUGAGUAUGGCUGGGACCAGGUAUCGAAUAUUUUGUAUGUUGACCAGCCUGUUGGAACUGGCUUUAGCUAUAGUUCUGAUAGACGUGACAUUCGGCAUAAUGAGAAGGGUGUCAGUGAUGACUUAUAUGACUUUUUACAGGCGUUCUUUAAGGAGCAUCCUGAACUGGCUAAAAAUGAUUUUUUCAUUACUGGAGAGUCGUAUGCUGGACACUAUAUUCCUGCUUUUGCUGCUCGUGUCCACCGCGGAAACAAAGAAAAAGAAGGAAUUCAUGUUAAUCUGAAGGGAUUUGCCAUUGGAAAUGGGCUAACUGAUCCAGCGAUCCAGUAUGGUGCAUAUGCUGAUUAUGCUCUUGAUAUGGGACUAAUUAAGCAAUCUGAGCAUGACCGUAUCAACAAGGUGCUUCCACUCUGUGAAGCGGCAAUAAAGCUUUGUGGAACUGAUGGGACGGUAUCUUGUGUUGCAGCCUAUUUGGUUUGCAACACAAUAUUCAAUUCUAUUAUUGCACGUGCCGGCGAUGUGAAUUAUUAUGAUAUUAGGAAGAAAUGCGUAGGCAGUCUAUGCUACGACUUCUCAAACUUGGAGAAAUAUCUGAACCAGAAGUCUGUCAGAGAUGCACUAGGAGUUGGAAAUAUAGAGUUCGUCUCGUGUAGUCCUACUGUUUACCAGGCCAUGCUUGUGGAUUGGAUGAGAAAUCUUGAAGUGGGUAUUCCUGCUCUUCUUGAGGAUGGAAUAAAGCUACUAGUUUAUGCUGGAGAAUAUGAUUUGAUCUGCAACUGGCUUGGUAACUCAAGAUGGGUCCACGCCAUGGAGUGGAGCGGUCAGAAAGAGUUCAUAUCAUCUCCUGAAGUUCCUUUCGAAGUGGAUGGUUCUGAAGCAGGAUUGCUGACAAGCCAUGGACCUCUCAAUUUCUUGAAGGUACAUGAUGCUGGACACAUGGUUCCGAUGGAUCAGCCUAAAGCUUCCUUAGAGAUGCUGAAGAGGUGGAUGAAGGGUUCGCUCUCAGAACCGGCUGCUGGAACCGAAACACCGGGUGAUGAUGGGUGGACAUGUUUCCGUAUGAUUGAAAUGGCUAAAGUUCUAAACUCUGAUACUAAUUUACAACCUGGGAAUAGAGUCCUUAGUGUCAAUCCUGUGGGUGCAGCUCUUCCUGACCUCAUUUCCCCAUCUCAGAGUGGUUUUGUGCCUGGUAGGCUCAUUGCUGACAAUAUCCUUCUGACUCAAGAAAUGACACAUCAUCUUAACAUGAGACAUAACAAAGGGAAUCUUAUCUUAAAAUUGGAUAUGUCCAAGGCUUAUGACAGGGUGAACUGA